AUGGCUGAUACUGUUUCCUCUGAUGCGCUGGCGCAGAUUCAUGCUCUAGACAAAGAUAUACCCGAAGACGCUCUGGCAAUUAUUCGAAUCAGCGAGCCUAUUGGCACCUCGGACGGGAACACAGCAGCAGACCGGUCGCCCUCAAAGCGUACCUCUGACGUGUCCACGGAUGCGUAUGAUAAUCCAACACCAGCGACCUUAGAAGCAGACUUAACGCAUUAUAAGGAGCUAUUCUCAAAGUUGCGAUUUUCCUAUCUUGAACAAGUCACAAAAGAGAAGUUUCUGCGUGCUAUUGUUGGUGACCCACCGCUAGUUGUUGCGCAUAGCGACAAUGUCGAGCUGGAAGCGGAACUUGCACAAGUAAAAGAGGAGUUGCAGCGGCGGAAAGAAGAGGUUAGGAUAUCAGUAGAGGAGAUGGAAAAACUUAGCAGAGACUUAGCCAGAAGGUAUGAAAACGUACAGUUACAAACCACGCAGCUUUCCGAGUUGCCAGCGUCGAUUGCGAAUCUUGAAGAGAUAAUUAGCAAACUGCGAGCUGCUCAGUCAGCACAGCUUCAAGAGCGUUCCUCUUCAUCUCCAUCUCAAAAUCUCCCUCUUGAAGCUACUCUACGACUUCUGGCGAACAAGGAUGCUGAACUAACAGGUUUAAAGCGAACAUUGGCCUCCUCAGAAACGGCAUUAGUUCGUAAGACAGGAGAAGCUGAAGCAUUGGAGCGGGAGCUGGCUGUGUUAGAAAGGAAGAGAAACGAAGUUGUUGCGCAAGCUAAGGAGGCGCAACGACGGAAACUUCAGGGAGAGAGUGACGGGCUUGAAGAAAUGGGGCGAUGGUAUGCAGGGGCAGAGCAAAUACUAAAAAGCUUGGUAUAA